AAAGACCCCACAGCAGUAGAGAGAGCAAACUUACUAAACAUGGCUAAGCUAAGUAUCAAAGGACUCAUUGAAUCUGCUCUCAGCUUUGGCCGUACUCUGGAUUCCGAUUAUCCCCCUUUGCAGCAGUUCUUUGUUGUUAUGGAACAUUGUCUGAAACACGGUCUUAAAGUAAGGAAAUCAUUUUUGAGUUAUAACAAAACCAUCUGGGGCCCUUUGGAAUUAGUGGAGAAGCUAUACCCAGAAGCAGAGGAAAUAGGAGCCAGUGUCCGGGAUUUACCUGGUCUUAAGACUCCCCUGGGCCGUGCAAGGGCAUGGCUUCGAUUGGCCCUGAUGCAAAAAAAAAUGGCUGAUUACCUUCGCUGCUUAAUCAUUCAGAGAGACCUCUUAAGUGAAUUCUAUGAGUAUCAUGCACUAAUGAUGGAAGAAGAAGGAGCAGUAAUUGUGGGACUGCUUGUUGGCCUGAAUGUGAUAGAUGCUAACCUGUGUGUGAAGGGAGAGGAUUUAGACUCACAAGUUGGAGUGAUUGAUUUUUCCAUAUAUUUAAAGAAUGAAGAAGAUAUCGGAAAUAAAGAAAGGAAUGUUCAAAUUGCUGCCAUAUUAGACCAAAAAAAUUAUGUUGAAGAAUUAAAUCGACAACUGAACAGCACAGUCAGCAGCCUCCAUUCAAGAGUUGAUUCAUUAGAAACGUCAAACACUAAGCUGAUUGAAGAGUUAGCAAUAGCAAAGAAUAAUAUCAUUAAGCUUCAAGAAGAAAAUCAUCAGUUGCGAAGUGAAAAUAAGUUGAUUUUAAUGAAAACACAGCAGCAUUUAGAGGUUACCAAAGUAGAUGUGGAAACUGAGCUUCAAACAUAUAAGCAUUCCCGGCAGGGACUAGACGAAAUGUACACUGACGCUAGAAGUCAACUUCGAGAUGAAUCUCAGUUACGACAGGAUGUGGAGAAUGAGCUCGCAGUACAAGUUAGUAUGAAAAAAGAGAUCGAACUUGCCAUGAAGUUGUUGGAGAAAGACAUCCAUGAGAAACAGGAUACUCUGAUAGGCCUAAGACAGCAGCUAGAGGAAGUGAAAGCAAUUAACAUAGAGAUGUAUCAAAAGUUACAGGGCUCUGAAGAUGGCUUAAAAGAAAAAAAUGAAAUAAUUGCACAACUAGAAGAAAAAACCAAUAAAAUUACUGCAGCCAUGAGGCAGCUGGAGCAAAGAUUGCAGCAAGCAGAGAAGGCGCAAAUGGAAGCCGAAGAUGAGGAUGAGAAAUAUCUACAAGAAUGUCUCAGUAAAUCUGACAGUCUGCAGAAACAUAUCUCCCAAAAGGAGAAACAACUGGUACAACUGGAAACGGAUUUGAAGAUUGAAAAGGAAUGGAGGCAGACUUUGCAGGAAGAUCUUCAAAAGGAGAAAGAUGCCUUAUCUCAUCUUAGGAAUGAGACCCAACAAAUCAUUAGCCUUAAAAAAGAGUUCCUUAACCUUCAAGAUGAAAAUCAACAUUUAAAAAAAAUCUAUCUUGAUCAAGAGCAAGCUCUUCAAGAACUUGGCAACAAGCUUAGCGAAUCAAAACUUAAAAUAGAAGAUAUAAAAGAAGCCAACAAAGCACUGCAGGGACUGGUUUGGUUAAAAGACAAAGAAGCAACACACUGCAAACUUUGUGAAAAGGAAUUCUCACUCUCCAAGAGAAAGCACCACUGUAGAAACUGUGGGGAAAUUUUCUGUAAUGCCUGCUCUGACAACGAACUGCCUUUGCCUUCUUCACCAAAGCCAGUACGGGUUUGUGAUUCCUGUCAUGCAUUGCUGAUUCAGAGAUGCUCAUCUAAUUUGCCAUAGACUACAGAACUAAACCCUUAUGGAAGAAAGUAUGCAUGAUUAAUGUUAUGUAUGGACAUGUUUACAAAGUUCCAAACAACCCUUAAACUUCCCAUAAGCAUUGAUACCAGUUUAUCUUCACAUGAGAAUUAAGAGUUAUUAAUUCGCUGUUUUCUUCCCCAUUAUUUAUAAAAAUUUUAAUUAGGCAUAACUUAAAA